AUGGCUAACGCUUCCACAUGCCCACCUCUGACCAGAGAGUCGGUACAGACAGCCCACAAACGUAUCGAACAAUACAUUCACCGAACGCCAGUCGUCACCUGCGAAACACUGAACCUAAUCGCAUCUACUGCACAGUCAGAGCGCCACGACGGGCAGCCAGAUGAUAUACCGAGUGAUGGCACUGCGAAGCCACAGUUGCGUCUGUUCUUCAAGUGCGAGAACCAGCAGAGGAUAGGAGCAUUCAAGGCAAGAGGAGCAUUCCAUGCAUUAGGACGACUCAUAGAAGAAGAAGGACUCGAGAAUGUAAGGCAGAAGGGCGUAGUGACACACAGUAGUGGUAACCACGCUCAAGCCCUUGCCCUCGCCGCAAAGACCCACGGCGUCCCUGCACACAUUGUCAUGCCCACCAUCUCCACUCCCUCUAAGAUCGCAGGUACGAAGAGUCAAGGUGCCAAUGUCAUCUUCUCGGGUUCCACAAGCGAUGAGCGUGAAGCAGUUGUAGCUGAGGUGAUCAAGAAGACUGGUGCUACACUUGUCCCGCCGUACGACCAUCCCGAUAUCAUUAUUGGCCAGGGCACACAGGCGUUGGAAUUGGAGCAGCAGGCUCAACAGCUUAUCGCGGAUAAUGCAGCGUUGGGUAUACCACGCAAGACACGCCUUGAUGCUGUUAUCGCGCCAAUCGGUGGAGGUGGCAUGCUCAGUGGUAUUUGCACAGCAUUACAUGGCACCGGCAUCAAGGUCUUCGGUGCAGAACCCAACUUCGGGGGUGCCAACGAUGCCGAGCUGGGCCUGAAACAAGGCAAACGUAUUGAGAAAGUCAAGACACUUACAAUUGCUGACGGCCUGCGAACACCUGUUGGCACAAUACCGUGGACAAUCAUCACCGACAAGGAUAAGCUUUCGGGCAUCUACAGCGUGACAGAAGAACAGAUCAAGGCAGCUUUGCGACUCGCUAUGGAGAGAGCCAAGCUUUUCAUUGAACCGAGUGCUGCUACGACACUGGCUGUGGUCCUGUACAAUGAGGAGUUGAGAAAGCUUGUGGAGAAGGAAGCAGGACCUGAAGGAUGGAAUGUUGGGAUUGUGCUCAGUGGUGGGAACACUACGGUAGAAGCUAUUGCGAAGCUCUUCGCUGCGCCGUCGAAGGUAGAAUAA